GUGGGGCAAAACUUGAAUGCUAUGACGGGGAAAGCAGCAACCUAGUGUCAAAAUAAAGCGUAUUUCUCAGUGCAACUCUACCGGGGACUCCAGUUUUUAAAGUUGUGUAUCUCCUUGGUCCGCUGCCACUCUCAUGCUGAGCCCUCGACCAUCCUUCACUGCUGGAUCACUGAAGUAGGCUACGGGACGAAACUGCCCUCUGAAUGAUAAGAGUCGCACAAAGAUCAAUGUUCGUUGCUUUUUUUGAUGUUUUAUUGGACUGGUGAAGUGGCAGGUCACUGAAGACGCGUUUCACUUCCUUGUGCAGGACCUGUUCAUCUGUUCGCACCUUCAAGUUAAUGAUUGCUUUUUAUUUCACGAACGAGAUUCUGCCUGAUCAGUUCAGAUGAAAAGGGACGUCGGACUGUAGCUGAACCACCUAUAACUUGCUGAAAUCUCCGGGCAGUCUGCAUCCACAGGUGCAUGGGUGUGUGUGCUCCCCAUCUCUAAUGGUAACAGCUAGUGUAUGUCAUCUGUGAGAGGACUGUACUCUCUCCCGUCAGCAUGACAGAGGUCCAGACUCCAUGGCCACAGGGCACAGAGUGUGUGGCCAGGUACAACUUCAAGGGCACCACAGAGCAGGACCUGCCUUUUAACAAAGGAGAUGUAUUGACUAUUAUUGUGGUCACAAAGGACCCGAACUGGUACAAAGCUAAAAACACUGCAGGCCGUGAAGGAACCAUCCCAGCUAAUUAUGUUCAGAAAAGGGAAGGUGUGAAGUCUGGAGGCAAGCUGAGUCUAAUGCCAUGGUUCCAUGGGAAGAUAACUAGGGACCAAGCAGAGCGGUUGCUGUACCCUCACGAGACAGGCCUGUUCUUGGUGCGAGAGAGCACCAACUUCCCUGGCGACUACACCCUAUGUGUGAGCUGCGAUGGCAAGGUGGAGCACUAUCGCAUCAUCUACCACAACGGCAAGCUCACCAUUGACGAGGAGGAGUACUUUGAAAACCUCAUGCAACUGGUGGAGCACUACACCAAAGAUGCGGAUGGCCUGUGCACUAAACUGAUCAAGCCGAAGCUGGAGGAGGGGACAGUGGCUGCUCAGGACGAGUUCUCCAGGAGUGGCUGGGCACUUAAAAGAAAGGACCUCACGCUUCUUCAGUCCAUUGGAAAAGGAGAGUUUGGAGACGUCAUGGUGGGAGACUACAGAGGGACUAAAGUAGCUGUGAAGUGCAUAAAACAUGAUGCUACAGCGCAGGCCUUUGUUGCGGAGGCCUCUGUCAUGACGCAACUACGGCACAAUAACCUAGUGCAGAUGCUGGGAGUGAUUUUAGAAGAGACAGGGAGUCUUUUUAUAGUUACAGAAUAUAUGGCCAAGGGCAGUUUGGUUGACUACUUACGCUCCAGAGGCCGGACAGUAAUUGGCGUGGACUCUCUUAUUAAUUUCUCACUAGAUGUGUGUGAGGCCAUGGAGUAUCUGGAGGCCAACAACUUUGUGCAUCGAGACUUAGCCGCCCGGAACGUUCUCGUGUCUGAAGACAAUAUUGCCAAGGUCAGUGACUUUGGUCUGACCAAAGAGGCCUCAAACACUGAGGAUACUGCUAAGCUGCCUGUGAAGUGGACUUCACCAGAGGCCCUCAGAGAAAAGAAAUUUUCCACCAAAUCAGAUGUGUGGAGCUACGGCAUUCUGCUCUGGGAGAUUUUCUCCUUCGGCCGAGUUCCUUACCCAAGGAUUCCGUUGAAAGAGGUGGUGCCCCGUGUGGAGAAGGGAUACAAAAUGGACUGUCCUGAUGGUUGUCCGGAGGUCGUGUACAACAUCAUGACCCAGUGCUGGAUCCUGGAUCCUGACGCUCGACCAAGCUUUCAUAUGUUGAGGGAGAGGCUACAAUACAUCAGCCAAGGAGUGCAACCAGUGAAGGGCAAAAGACAAUGAGACAGGUGACUGAAACAAAAUCACUUGCCUCUCAUCAUUGUGCUCAUUUGGACCAGAGCUGCCUGGGACGAGAGCUGGGUCUCAGGGACGGUGAUUUUCACACUGUCUGCAGAUUUUUGUUCAUUUGUUUUGACCUGGCUGUUAAAGUUGUGUCCGAUUUACUGUUUGAAUAAUCAAAUUGAUACGUCAUCCUUAAACUCAGGUUGUGCCAGCUCUAGUAACUCUUCAUUUUCGUACUAGUAGCGCACUGUGCUGUCUCUCUGUCCCAUGUUAUGCCGACCUGUGCUAAGAUGAAUGAUUAACUGACACAUCAGUGAGCGAUUCCUCCUACCACAGCGUUGACCCACAUUCACAGUGCCUUGGCCUUUUUUUAAUCUCAUCUUCUUCUGUCACAUUUUGUACUACUUUUUUUUUGUUGAUAUCCUUGGUCAGUGACAUCAUUUCUUCUUAAAAGCUGGAAAACACCAUCAUUGGACUAAGCUGACUGAAUUCAUGGUAUCUGUGUAAAGAGGAAUGAUCGACAUCCUGAGAGUUUCAAGAGUAGAUAUACAGUUUUAUAUACAUUAUUAUUACUCAAGGUAUAAUUAAAUAUUUUUUUCCCUGUUUCCAGGUACACAUUAUUGAGAGACUGUUGAAUGUUGAAUUAUUUUGUUAAAAUGUUUGAAAUAAAAUGACUAAAAUGA